UAAAUGCCCUUUUUCUACUAGUGUCCGCAUCAAAGGGAUGGAAAUUUUGGUUUGUUGAACUUUGUGUUCCAUGUGAGAGAACGUCGUACCCUGUCUAGGGCGACAACUUCGUGUUAUAUAGGGUCGGGGCGCAACUCCCGCAUAGCUUACAGAGGUUGAUUACAUCGUCGGGAUCCUGACUUGAGAUCCAAAGGAUAUACUAGAGAGAUACGGAUAGUUACAAUAGAUAAGAGAGAAUCACAACUACCCUAGUCUAUAACUUCGGUUUGAGGUGGACUCCUGGUCGAACCCAUACGUCAACUCUGUCGUGGUAGAUACGUUGCUUAACACCCUCCUUUAAUCACAACUGUGUUAAGUUGAUAUUACGUUUGAACUCUUCAAAGUUUCUUGUGGGCAAUGCUUUUGUAAAGCCAUCUGCAACUUGGUCUCGUGAAUGAACAAGCCGAAUUUCCAAUUGUCUGUUGGCAACUCUUUCUCUGACAAAGUGAAAAUAUAUCUCAAUGUGUUUUGCUCUUGCAUGGAACACUAGAUUAGCAGAUAAAUAAGUGGCACCCAAGUUGUCACACCAUAAACAUGGAAUUCUGGUAUGCUUCACAUAAAGUUCUCUUAACAUGGACUGAACCCAGAUAAUUUCUGUUGUAGCAUUUGCUAAUGCUUCAUACUCUGCUUCCGUGCUUGACCUGGAUAUCGUAGCCUGUUUCUUAGCACAUCAUGAGUCAGAGAAUGCACUAACAAGAUUGGAUGAUAACUUGCUGAAAGUAAGACCAAGGUUCACAGUAUGUUUUACAUAUCUCACAAUGUGUUUGGCAGCAGUCCAGUGAACUGUGGUGGGUGCAUGAAGAAACUGGCAGACCUUGUUGGCAGCAAAAGAUAUAUAGGUCUAGUCAAGGUUAAGUACUAAAGAUCCCCUACCAAACUACUGUAUCUAGUAUUGUCUUCUUGAUUCAAGAGAACUCCCUCUUCAAGUGAUAAUUUUUCUGUGCUUGAGAGAGGAGUCAACGAAGGUUUGCAUCCUUGUAAACCAACUCUUCUUACCAGAUCAGUAGCAUAUUUUUCUUGAGAUAGGUGGAGGCCAUCUUCAUGUUUCUUUAACUCAAUACCUAGAAAGAAAUGCAAGUCUCCCAAGUCCUUGAGAGCAAAUUCAGCACUUAGAUCUUUUAACAGCCCUGCCACAGCUUCAUCUAAUGAACUUGUGACAAUGAUAUCAUCUACAUAAAUCAACACAAAUAUUGAUGUAUUUGACUUAUUGUAAAUAAACAGAGAUGUAUCAGACUUGGAGGGAGUAAAGCCAUGUGCUUGCAAUUUCUGACUCAGACGUGACUCCCAUGCUCUGGAAGCCUGCUUCAGUCCAUAUAAGGCUUUAUCAAGCUUGCACACAUGAAAAGGCUUACUCUUGUUUUGAAACCCAGGAGGUUGUUUCAUGUAUACUUCCUCUUCCAGAAUGCCAUGGAGGAACGCAUUCUGUACAUCUAGUUGUCUAAGGCUCCAUCCCCUGGACACAACAAUAGACAGCAGAAGACUGAUAGUGGCAGCUUUUACAACGGGACUAAAUGUGUCCUCAUAGUCAAUACAAUACCGUUGUUUGAAGCCUUUUGCAACCAAUCUGGCCUUGUAGUGAUCUAUAGUUCCAUCAGACUUUCUCUUUAUUCUGUAAACCCACUUGCAAUCAAUUAAAUUUUUACCUUGCCAUGGGGAACUAAAUGUCAUGGUCUGUUUUUCUGAAGUACCAUGUAUUCUUCUUCCAUGGACUUUUUCCACCGGACAUCACCAAGCGCUUCAUCAAGAGUGUCUGUUUCACCUGUGGAUCAAGUUAAACCAAAUUUGGUUAUCUAUUUAUAAUUAACAGGUUGAAUUACCCCCCUUUGUAGCCUUGUACGCAGAGGAGCGGGAGAGGCCACACUGUUGCCCUCCGCAGAAGAUCCAGCCUCUCAUCAUGGCGAUCCUGAGGCAGACAGGGCUGGUGCUCCCGAUGUGGUAUCUCCUGUAGCGACGGGAUUUUCUGUGGCGUCUGCGGUUGGUGUGGACGUAUUUGUUGGAGCAAAAGAUCCCACAGCGCGCAUGUGAUCCAUGUCAGGCCCAUCAUGGCGCAAUGAUUGCGUGGGGCUGGGCGAAUCCACCUCUGAUCACGCGCCCGUGGUAGGUCUGGUGGGAUCAGCACCGGAUCCCGUGCCUGCAUCAAAUUCUACGCCUGGAGGCCCACCUGGCUGGCGGGGCACGUAGUGGCGGGGUCUGCCCGCUGGCCAGCGAGACGGGGGCUGGCACGUGUCGUUGGGUGAUCGGCGUGGAGUGGAGGCCGUGGCUGGCCCAGUUGGAGAGGCCCGCAUGGCGGCGAUUGGCUAGCUGCUGCCGCACCGCACAGGGGACGCGAGAUCCGAUGCGCUGACGCCCUGCCGUAGCGCGGAUCCCGUGGAGGAUUCGCUAGCGCACUGCUGAGGCAUCGAUCCCGAGCCUAAUUUGUCUCCCGUCGAGCGACACAACAAAUAUCACUCAUUUGGAGCAUGUUGUGCACCCUUUUGAGCGUUUUCUUCACCAUUUUCUUCAGCGUUUGCAUCUGCAUCAGCACAAGACUCAAGAGCACGGUUAUGAGGAUUAGUCAAUAGUUGAUCAUCACAAUCAUUUCCCCCUUGAUCAACGCCGGUGAAACUAGAUGGUAGAAGAAGUAUUUCCUGAUGUAGGAGAGCACCGACAUUGGGGUGAAGAUUGGCGAAAGGAAAUUUUGUUUCAUCAAACACGACAUCUCGAGAGAUUAAACGCGACCCGUGGAAAUGUAAGGCACUUGACGCCUUUGUGUUUGAGCACUAUAGCCAAUGAAUGCACAUAGUCUGGAUCUAAGCGUGAGUUUACGAUCAUUGUAGGGACAAGGAUUAGGCCAACAGGCGCACCCAAACACGCGAAGAGACGUGGUAGUCUGGUUUGGUGUGAAAUAGCCUUUCCAUGGGAGUUUCAUUGUUAAUUACACGACUAGGUAGCAUAUUGAUAAUGUGGAUAGCGGUGAAGAAAGCCUCGUCCCAAAAUUUGAGGGGCAUGAAGGCGCCGGCUAGAAGGGAAAACCCAACAUCGACAAUGUGUCGAUGCAUGCGCUCGGCUGACCCAUUUUGUUGAUGGGCAUGAGGACACGAAACAUGAUGGGAUAUGCCAAGUUUUUGGAAGAAUGAGUUUAGUUUCUCAUACUCCCCUCCCCGAUCAGAUUGGAGAGCAAGGAUUUUACUAUCAAAUUUUCUUUCAAAGAGAGCUUGAAAAUUGAGAAAAACUUGGCAAACAUCCGAACGUUUCUUAAGGAGAUAGAUCCAUGUGAACUUGAUAUAGUCGUAAAUGAAACUCACAUAAUAUGUAUGUCUACCAACAGAAGAGGGAGCAGGCCCCCAUACAUCAGAAAAAAUAACUUGCAAAUGUUUGGUCGAAAUACUAGUACAAAUUGGAUAAGGCAAUUUGUGGCUCUUGGCCCUUUGACACGAAUCACAAACUGUUUCAACAUCACGAUCCCCAACAACACGAAUCACAAAACACUCAACUAAAGAGAAAUCUGCAUGGCCUAAUCGAUUGUGCCACCGUGUUGAAGACACUUUGGUGGCACUAAGAACUUGUUUAUUGAAUCUUUUAAUCUCCGGGAUCAACGGGUAAAGCCCAAGAAUGCAUCUACAUCGAUAUAGCACCCUCCUCGUUGCUUGAUCCUUGAUCAAAAAGAAGAAGGGGUGAAAUUCAAGAAAGACGUGAUUAUCAAUGGCAAUGCGGUGGACAGAAAGAAGAUUUUUGUUGGCACUAGGAACAUGCAAGAUUCUUUUUAGAUGGAUUUUCCUAUGAGGGGUUUUAAUUAUUGAGUGACCAAUAUGACCAAUCUUCAUACCUUCUCCACUAGCGGUGUGGAUGUGGUCUUCGCCGCGGUAUUUUUCCCGCAUGGUCACCUUCUCCAGCUCACCGGUGAUGUGGUUGGUAGCACCGCUGUCGACGUACCAAUUUGUAUCGACGCCAUAGGAAGCUUCGGCAGCCUCGACCACCUUUUCAUCUUGAGAUGAGUUUUCAUCUUCAUCAAACCGGUACCAACAGUCCUUGGCAGAGUGGCCCAGCUUACCGCAGAUUUGGCAGCGGACAGCAUCAUGGUGAGAUUUGUUGGUGGAGCCGUUCGAUCGCCGACCGCCCUUGGUGUUGGAGUAGGAGGGGCGGCCGCCGCCGCGUGCGUUGUUGUUGCCGCUGGUGUUGCCCCCGCCAGGGGCCCUGCUCUUCCCGCGAGGAGGGCCGCGAGAGCGGGAACCACUACCACGCCCGCGGGUGGCGACGUUUGCUGAUGACUUGAAGCCACCACCGGUCCCAGCCCCUUGGAAGAGGGCCACUCCUUGAUCGAAGUUGCUUAUCUGAGCGAACAGUUCGUCAAGAGUGAUUGGGAUGACACGAGCAUCCAGGGCAGAGACCAGCGGCUGGUAUUCCAUGUCCAGGGCGUUGAUGAGGUAGGAGAUGAGCUCGUCGUCGUCUAGGGGUUUACCGGCCGCCACGAGCUCGUCAGCGAGAGAUCGCAUGUGCGCGAAGAAGGUGGCCACAGACUGUGUGCCCUUCUGCACGUUGGUGAGCGCUGCCCGGAUGUUGUUGACGCGGGACAGCGAGGUCGACGAGAACAUCUUUGCCAGCGCCGAGCAGAGCUCGUGUGCAUGGACGAUUGAGGUGACCUGCACGAGCACUUCCUUCGAGAGGUUAUUCAGGAGAUUUCCCAGUACCUGCUGAUCCUCUCGGAUCCACAUGUGGUGAAGAGGAUUCGGAAUGGACUCCUCCUUGCCAUCCUUGUCCUUGGUGACGACGACUUUGGCCGGCUCGGGUACGCUCCCAUCAACAUACCCGAAGAAACCAGCACCUCGGAGUUGCGGCGUGAUCUGGGUGCGCCAGAGGAUGUAGUUGGUGUGGGUGAGGCGCUCGGUGAUCUGGCCGGAGAGGGUUGAGUUGGAGGAGCCGAGGAGGCCAUGGUGGGAGGUUUCUGGCAAUGGAGAAAAUAGAUGAGAUGGAAGAGGUAGGCUCUGAUUACAAUGUGAGAGAACGUCGUACCCUGCCUAGGGCGACGGCUUCGUGUUAUAUAGGGUCGGGGUGCAACUCCUGCAUAGCGUACAGAGGUUGAUUACAUCGUUGGGAUCCUGACUUGAGAUCCAAGGGAUAGACUAGAGAGAUAGAGAUAGUUACAAUAGAUAAGAGAGAAUCACAACUACCCUAGCCUAUAGCUUCGGUUUGAGGUGGACUCUUGGUCGAACCCAUACGUCAACUCUGUCGUGGUAGAUACGUUGAUUAACAUUCCAUUCACUUGUAUCUGGAUCAAAAUUAGUUGAUUAACCCACCGAAGCCUCAAUCUCCUUAUAAAUUCCGCAGUUCUGCGCCCCUCUUUUCUAGGUAUCCAUUGGUCCCUUUGAAUCUGAAAGCUUCUUCCAUUUCCCACUCACCAAAUCAUACCCCUUUUUAAGAGCUCAAGGCCAAAUUUGAUGCCUCUCUAGGCUUGCGAUGCGUCAGAAGGUUUCAAUGUGGGUAGUAUUUGGACUUUAGCACUCUAGCUCAGAGGCUAUUGGGUUUCUGGCUAAGUCUCCAACCUUGCCUAGCCAGCAAGGCUUGGUUGAAUAAAUGCAUGCCACGGAAACCUAUACCACCAUCCCUUUUAAGUUUGGUCAUGCAAUGAACCUUGCACUUAUGAUGUUCUCAUACUUCUUACAAAAGCCUAUGUUCAACUUGAACACUCCCAUGACAUAUGUUGGCAAUGCUUGGACGACAGCUUUAAUGUUGACUUUUUUUGCCGCCUGAGACAUGAUCCUCUCAUUCUAAUCAUUGCACCUCUUCCCAAAUCUGUCCAUGAUUGGUUGGAACUUGUCAUUCUUCAUUAUUCCUUUAGACGUGGGCAGGCUCAAAUAUUUACUUUCAAAUGAGAAGGAUUCCAUGCCCAAGAUUGUCUUAAUCUCUUCUUUGACUCGUGAUGGGCAAGCUUCAGUAAAAAAAAAGAGCAUUUACUUGGACUGAGGAGCUUCCAGGUACAUUUUUGAAAUAAGUUCAGUACAUCAUUGAUUCUCGUGGCAUGCACAACUGAGGCCUUGAAGAAGAGUAAGCUACCAUCCACAAAGACGAGAUUUGAUAUUCCUGGGCUCCCUCGAGCAAUCUUUAAGGGGAGAAGAGAUUCGUUGUAACCUCAUUGUUAAGCAAGCUAGCCAGCUCAUCAGCCACGAACAAGAAAAGGUAUCCAUUGCUGGCCCGGGAAACAGAUGCACAGCCACAACUACCGUGUGCCUGAUCGAUUUCGCGGUCAGGUUGUAAUGGUGAUAGGGUACCAGCCGAGCGGCAUGGACAUCUCCAGGGACAUCGCCGGUGUGGCCAAAGAGGUCCACGUCGCCAUGAAAUCGGAACCUCCUUAUCAAAUGGACACUACUACUGCCACUGGCCAUGCCAACCUGUGGCUCCAUUCCUGCACGAUUGAGCGUGCGGAGGAAGACGGUAGCUUGGUGUUCCAAGACGGCAGCAGGAUCAAAGCUGAUGUCAUCCUGCACUGCACUGGAUACAAGUACAGCUUUCCAUUCCUGGGUGGCGACGACGACGGCGAGUUGGCCGGUGCAAUCUUUGUGGACGACAACCGCGUGGGCCCGCUGUACAAGCACGUGUUCCCGCCAAUAUUGGCUCCUCACAUCUCCUUCAUCGGAUUGCCCUUCAGGACGAUCCCUUUUCUAGUGUUUCAGCUCCAAAGCAAGUGGGUGGCUGGGGUUCUAUCGGGAAGACUUGAGCUCCCAUCACAAGAGGCCAUGAUGCGGGAUGUGGAUGCGUUCUACUCGGACAUGGAAGCUCGCGGAUGCCCCAAGAGACGCACUCAUGAUCUGGGACAAGGCAAUCUGUUUGAGUACGAGGACUGGGUGGCGGAGCAAUGCGGGCUGGGGAGGAUGGAAGGGUGGAGGAAGGGCAUGUUCGUUGCAACGUGUAAGAACCUGGCUGAUCGCCCGAACAGCUACCGGGAUGAAUGGGACGACGACCACCUGUUGCCACAGGCGCAUCAGGAUUUCAGCAAGCAUUCCUGCCUCUGACCGAUCAAUAUUGAAUAGCAGAUACUGGAUUGUUUGGCUUCGAGUCACUUGGUCGAUCUUGGCUUUUGCCCAUUAUUUAUAUUGGCUGGCUAAUUGUUUCAGCAACUACUUCAGUUUCCAUAAUCGAUUUUCAGCAGAGC